AUGGCAGCAGACUAUACCUUCCAAGGCUGGAUGGGCCUCGACAAGGACUCGGCAAAAGGGAACAUGGUCUGGCAGAGCUACACUCCAAAGCCCUUUGAAGAAACCGACGUUGAUAUCAAAAUCACCCACUGUGGUAUCUGCGGGUCCGACCUUCACACUCUUCGUAGCGGAUGGGGUCCGACCCUUUACCCCGUCUGCGUGGGCCAUGAAAUUGUUGGAACCGCCGUGCGCGUCGGCUCGAAGGUGGAAAACGGAAUCAAAGUAGGCGAUCGCGUGGGUGUAGGUGCACAAAGCGGUUCUUGCCUCCGCCCGGACUGCGAAGAAUGCUCUCAUGACAUGGAGAACUACUGUCAAGUCAAGCAGACGGGAACGUACAAUUCGAAAUGGCCUGACGGGUCGAAGUCCUACGGCGGCUAUGGCGAUUAUUGGCGCGGGCAUUCUCACUUUGUCUUCAAGAUUCCCGAAGCAAUACCCAGCGAUGUCGCAGCACCGAUGCUCUGCGGCGGAAUCACUGCCUUCUCACCCUUGACGCAGUACGGUGCCGGCCCAGGGAAACGCGUGGGUAUUGUGGGAUUAGGCGGGCUAGGUCACUUUGGCGUCAUGGGCGCGAAAGCGUUGAACGUGGACAAACUCGUCGCAAUCUCUCGCACUUCCUCAAAGAAGGCCGAUGCAUUUAAAAUGGGUGCCGACGUCUUCAUCGCCACGGAUGAAGAUAAGAACUGGGCGCGCAUGCACCGCAGAACCUUGGAUCUCAUCGUCUCGACCGUUUCGAGCCCCAAGAUGCCCUUCGCGCAAUACCUCCAACUCCUCCGUGUAGGCGGCACGUUCGUCCAGAUUGGCGCGCCUGAAGACAACAUCCCCUCCUUCAACGCUUUCUCCCUCCUCUCCAGGAAGAUCAAAAUCACGGGCUCAGGGAUUGGCUCCCCAAAAGAGAUCCGGGAGAUGCUGGAACUGUUUGCGCAGAAGAAGGUGUGGACGUGGAAUAAUAAUUACCCCAUGAAAGAGGCCAAUCGGGCGAUUGUGGAUAUGGAUGCGGGCAACGCACGGUAUAGGAUUGUGCUCGUGAACGAGAAGCAUGCCAAUGAAAGUCGUCUGUGA